ACAUACCUUAUUAUUUUGACAAUCGCUGAGGACGCACGUGUGGUUAUUAAAAAAAUUUUAAAGAAAUUUGUCGGCGUAAAUAAUUAAAAUUAUUGCAAUAAAUUAAUAUAAAAAAUCAUGUCUUUAAUGAGAAUAAGGAAACCAAAAACCCGCAAGGGUAAAAAAAUUCUUUUGGCAAGAGAGCCCCAGGUAAUUGAGGGUGGCCGCAACAUGCUAUUUGUUGAUGGACGUAAGUGUACAGGUGAUGUUAAAUUAGCCAUGAAGGAUUUACAUCAACUUAAAAAGCCAUUGGUUAAAGUUCUGAACCGCAACAAUGACAUUACUCCUUUUGAAGAUCCAUCUUCUCUGGAAUUUUUAACAAUGAAAAACGAUUGUGCACUUUUCGUAUUCGGUUCUACUUCAAAAAAACGUCCCAACAACUUGGUACUAGGGCGAAUCUUUGAAAACGAAGUCCUUGACAUGAUCGAAUUGGGUAUAAAACAAUACAUGUCCAUGUCAGAGUUUAAAAAUGAUAAAAUCGGUACUUGUGUGAAACCAUGUUUGGUAUUCAAUGGACCCAAAUGGAAUCAAACCGAAGAAUUGAGAAGAUUAAGAAGUUUGUUAACUGAUACUUACCACAAAGAAAAAGUAGAAGCUAUUCGCUUGCAGGGCAUUGAACAUGUAAUGAGUUUCACAUGCACCGAAGAUCUGACAAUACUUUUGAGAUCGUAUAAGAUUUUACUUAAAAAAUCUGGACAAAAAACUCCACGUAUUGAACUGACGGAAAUUGGGCCAUCGGCAGAUUUUUCAAUUCGUCGCACUCGAAUUGCAUCUGAAGAUUUAUAUAAACAGGCAAGGAAACAACCGAGAACACUUAAGGUUACAAAGAAGAAGAAUAUUGCCAGAGAUGGUUUGGGUAAUACUCGUGGGCGUGUGCAUCUUGGUCGUCAAAAUGUUACAAAGAUUCAGACAAGAAGAGUAAAGGGUCUUAAGAAAACUGCCGAAGAAAAGAAGGCUGAUCGACUAAAGAAGAAAGUUGCAGCAAAGGCGAAGGCAGCAAAAUCCGCUGAAGAAUAAUAGAAAUAGGAUUUUUAUGUGUUAAGGUGACUAAUGAAAUGAUAAAUAUAUGUAGAAUAAAAAUUUUAUACAAUUUAUGAGUAUAAAAAUAA